CGGAGUGAGGGAUCCCAGCUGAUCUGCUAUGGGAGGCGGAAGUGCCGGGUAACGAGAGGGCUCUGCCUGCCAUGGCCGUGUCACCGCGGGCUCCCCGUCUACCUGCCGGGCAUUAAAAAGAACGAUAACCGCGAGGAGGGCACCGGCAGCACGACUACCCCCAUCAUCCGGCCCGGGGCUAGGGGGCAGCAGGGGGAUCCCCGCCUCUGAGAUCACACAAAGACUGCGAUGAAAUCAUCUUUGGCAGGAUGGCAGCCUUCAAGACGAUCGGCCGGGUGGGGAGGAGAGAGGAGGAGGACGGAGAUCCGGACAGAUCCCUCCAGGAAAUGAUUUCUGCCAUAGUGGACGAGAGGAAUCGCCUGAAUAUCCGCCAGGAGAUCAGCGGACUGGGUUUCUUUAAAGAUGACCGCAUCGUGUUCUGGACUUGGAUGUAUUCCACGUAUUUCAUGGAGAAGUGGGCCCCCCGGCAGGACGACAUGCUCUUUUACGUCCGUCGGAAAAUGUCUUACGUCGGCGCCGACGGCAACGAGGGAAAGAAGCAGGUAGACGUCGAAGUCUAUCGGAAAGACUCCAAGAAACUUCCAGGACUUGGGGACCCGGAUAUCGACUGGGAAGAAAGCGUCUAUUUAAACCUCAUUUUACAGAAGUUGGAUUACAUGGUGACAUGCGCGGUCUGCACGCGAUCGGACGCCGGAGACAUUCAUAUCCAUAAAAAGAAGUCGCAGCAAGUUUUUGCGUCUCCCAGUAAGCACCCCAUGGACAGUAAAGGGGAGGAGUCGAAGAUCAGUUACCCGAAUAUAUUCUUCAUGAUUGACAACUUUGAAGAGGCGUUCAGUGACAUGACCGUCGGGGAGGGAGAAAUGGUCUGCGUGGAACUCGUCGCCAGCGAUAAAACCAACACCUUCCAAGGCGUGAUAUUCCAGGGGUCCAUUCGCUACGAGGCCCUCAAAAAAGUCUACGACAACAGGGUCAGCGUGGCUGCGAAGAUGGCCCAGAAGAUGUCGUUCGGCUUCUAUAAGUAUAACAGCUUGGAGUUUGUGCGCAUGAAGGGCCCUCAGGGCAAGGGCCACGCGGAGAUGGCGGUGAGCAGGGUCUCCACCGGUGACACCUCGCCCUACGGCACGGAGGACGACUCCAACCCGGGCUCGCCUUUACACGAGAGGGUCACCUCGUUCAGUACUCCGCCGACCCCAGAACGCAACAACCGGCCCUCGUUCUUCUCCCCGUCCCUGAAGAGGAAGGUUCCCCGGAACAGGAACGCCGAAAUGAAGAAAUCUCAUUCGGCCAACGACAGCGAAGAGUUCUUCAGAGACGGCGACGACGGCGGAGAUAUACACAACGUGACGAACCUGAGGUCUCGCUCCCUGUCCGGAACGGGCCGCUCGCUGGUCGGGUCGUGGCUGAAGCUGAACAGAACCGACGAGAACUUCUUACUCUAUGCACAUUUAACCUACGUCACUCUGCCGCUGCAGCGCAUUCUGUCCGAUAUCUUGGAGGUGCGACAGAAGCCCAUCUUGAUGUCGUAACGAGAAUUGGCUCGGUCUUGAGGGGGGUGCAGCAUCGCUGCCAAAGUGCCUACUCACCCUGCAAGCGAUAACGAGUGAGUGCUGCCGCCUAGUGUCGAGGAGGGGAUGCGCGCCGAACAAAGAA